AUGGGUAAUUACAUUUCCUGCACCCUGGCCACUCCCUUGAUCAACAGCAGAAGAGCGGCGCGUGUCGUCCUUCCCUGCGGCGAAAUCCGGCAGUUCCGGGACCGCGUUAAGGCGGCCGAGCUUAUGAUGGAGUGUCCUACCUAUUUCCUCACCAAUUCCCAGUCUCUACACAUUGGUAAACGGUUUUCAGCCCUGAGCGCCGACGAAGAAUUGGAGCUCGGCAACGUUUUCAUCAUGUUCCCAAUGAAGAGACUCAACUCGGUGGUGACAGCAGGCGAUAUGGCCGUGCUUUUCAUGGCGGCGAACGCUUCGGCCAAGAGAAUAUCGAGCGGAGAAGCGACGGGGAACAUUGGCAACGAGGAAGAAAGUUCGACGGGAGGAUCGAAGUUGAGCUUGGAAGGGGUUGAAGAAUUUAAGUACAGGUUAUCUGUUUGUAGGUCGAGAAAUCCUUCAUUGGAAACGAUCAAAGAAGAGUAUGUUUGCUCAAAGUGA